UCCAAAAACCUAAUUUGCCGGUAAGCCGCAUGUGGCACAGAUAGGCGUACGAGAUCUCAAAUUGUUAUCAUGGCAGCAUCAUUCAAGCCGGUCACUCAUGUUAUAUUCGACAUGGAUGGAUUGUUAUUAGACACUGAGCGUCUGUACUCCGUGGCCACACAAAACGUCCUGGACGUGUACGGCAAAACAUUCACAUGGGAGAUAAAAGCAAAGCAGAUGGGUCGGAAGCAGGAUGAAAGUGCUCUGAUAAUGAUUGAUGAGCUGAAUCUGCCAUUGACUGUGAAAGAGCUCAAUGAGAAGUUGGGCAAGGAGCACGAAAAAGUGUUCCCCACAGUGGACUUUCUCCCAGGGGCUGAGAGACUAGUGAGACAUCUUCACAAACACAACAUUCCCAUUGCCGUGGCAACAGGAUCUACGGGCUACAACUACGAGCUGAAAGUAACCAAUCACAAGCAGUUUUUCAGUCUCUUCAGCCACAUCGUGUUGAGCAGUGAUGACCCUGAGGUCAAGAACGGUAAACCGGCACCAGACUGUUUCAUCAUAGCUGCAAAAAGAUUUAAAGAUAGUCCGGGGCCAGAGAAGUGCCUUGUGUUUGAAGACGCUGCUAACGGGCUGAUCGCUGGCCAUGGUGCAGGGAUGCAGGUUAUCUGGGUGCCCGACCCUCGAGCUGACCAAACUCCAUUCAAGGACACUGCCAACCAAAUCCUGACCUCCUUGGAAGAAUUCAAACCCGAGGACUUUGGUCUCCCUCCUUAUGAUAGUUGACGAUAGAUCCCGCCAUUAGGACUGCCAGGAACUUAGACCACAUAUCGAGGCUCUCCUCCCGGGAAAUACUAUUAAAGUCACAUGUUAUGUGUAUUGGCUCACUUGCAUCAAUGGUACAAGUGAGAUUUUUACUGUUUGUCCCUUGUUGUGGAUUAGCUCCUCUUCACAGAUAUUUGAUGGUUGAUUCAAAAAUCACAUCGUUCAUUGUCCAGUGUGAGAUAUUCCAUUCUAUUUGCUGUUCCAGUUUUAGACCUUCUGUUCUCCUGUCAUCAGCUCAAGUCAUUGUCCAUGCAUUUCUCUAUAACAUGUAUGUAGGUUCGUUAAACACUGGGGCGGUUGGGUAGCCUAGUGGUUAAAGUGUUGGCUCGUCACUCCGAAGACCCGGGUUCGUUUCCCCACAUGGGUACAAUGUGUGAAGCCCAUUUUUGGUGUCCCCUGCCGUGAUAUUGCUGGAAUAUUGCUAAAAGCGGCUUAAAACUAAACUUCACUCACUCACUUGUUAAACACAUAGAUAUUUUGGAGAACUACAAUUAUUUGAUUCCUUUGCAAAAAGAAAGUGGCAAUGGAAUCUAGAAAACGAUUUUGCAAGCACAUGGAUGAGUUUGUAAGUACUGAACUGACCUGCUAUUAUCAUCGCCAGCAGCAUGGGCCCCGUUUCGCAAAGCUAUCGUAACGCUACGACUGUCAUAAGUCAAUGUUACAGUAUAGGAGGUACAACAGUCGCAGCACUACGAUAAUUUUGUGAAAUGUGACCUUGGUUCACAAAGAGAUAUUAAAGUUAAGGCAAUCUUAACUCCCAUACUUUUAUCAUAUACCACCGACAGUCCAAGUGCUUUGUGGAAUAUCACAUAGUGUGAUAAAGCAGAGUUCCUUGACUUGUGCUCAACAAAUUCCUGUUUGAACAUCUUAGCCUUCAAUUGUAAGGCAGCCCCCAUUGUCUAGUGGAUAGGAUCUUGUAGUUAUCUACAAACAAAUCCCCAUGCAGAUAUGUAGUUCCAGGAACCAUGCAUGCACUUAAGGAAUCAAAUGUUUCCGUGUGGUAAACAGUCCAGAAAGAUGAUAUGGCUGACUUGAUGGUUAUAGUUCAAAAAGAUUAAAAGUCCAUAUUCCUCUUUUCUAUGUUCUCAAUAUAAAAAAACCCCAUUGUUUUCCUUUUUCAUCUCAUAGUGAAAAAAUACACAUUUUUGGAGAUUUUUGGAGAUUUUUUGCAGAGUAUCUUAAAUUCAGCUUUUCUUGCUGCAAAUAAUUUCAAACAUAGAUUAGGUGAGCUACAGAUCUGUGGUGCUGGGUUUAGAGUCUAUUCAGGGAUGUACAUAAUUUUAACGUGGAUUUGUUUAAAGGCUGUGUAUUUUAGGUUGAUUUGAAACAGGUUAAGUAGAAUCUUGGGAGUGUGUGUUAUUAUAACUUGCCUUGAAAUUACGUCAGUGAUGAUCCAAUUUGUUGCUUGUGUUUUAGAAUACUAUAAUGCAUUUUUAUUUGAAGAUUUACGGGUUUGAUUUCUCAAGUAUUGAAUAAAACAGGGCGAUGUUUAUAAUUCAAUAUAAUUGUGUUUUAGCAACUGUUUUAUGGGUAUAAUU